AAAUGCACAGUGCCACAUAGAUGCACGGUCAGCGCACGUACGUGCAGGUGAACUGGGCCGUCUUUGUGUUUCUGAAACGUGCUGAAAAACGAAAAAAGAAAGAACGUUCAUCGUUUCAUAACAAUAAUGCUUUUAAUGUAUUCACCCGAUAUCUCCGGUCGUCACGUUCUACUUGAAAUGGUGGAAGCGGGAAGAGACGAGCUACGACGUCGCCAAAGUUGGUAAAGUUUAACUUCUACUUGCUGCGGGAAAGUGUGAUUUCUGAAGACAUGGUCGCGAACAAUGACAUUUUUAUCAUCUGGUGCAUGAAAAUCAUCAGGGCGACGGUACGUGCUCGCUUGCAACUUCCAGUGGUCAGGGGUCAUGAGAAGAUGCUUCGCUAUUCGGAGAUUCCUAGGAAUAUUUCCGGGGAGAGUUUCACCAAACUGAAAGCUUCCAAUAGCCAGGAUGAAGAUUACAAAGACGGUGGAAAUUCCAAAAAGGGUACGUUCUCAUGCUCUAGCGGAAGUUCCGGUGAACGCGAACGCAAGGUGUCCUCGAAGAGCGUAUCAGGAGGUCCCGGGCCGCCCGACCAAUCAUAUUACAAUUACAGCAGCAGCACCUCCUUUGCCGCAGUACCUGCCAGCGUAAAGACUCAGAGUUUGCCAAAUUCGGCGCGCAACUACAGCUGUCCCGUCUUCGAUGUGCUGCGCAUCAGUCCUGAAGAGUUGGCGAAUCAAGUGACCCUCCUCGAUUUGCCGCCCUUCCUCCAUAUACAACCGGACGAAUUGACGAGUUGCGCCUGGAACAAGAAGAACAAACUUACAGUGGCCCCCAACAUCGUCGCUUUCACGCGACGUUUCAAUCAUGUCAGUUUUUGGACAGUUCAAGAAAUACUCUCCGGGGCCACAGCGAAACAACGCUCCGAAAUUCUGGGGCACUUCGUGAAAAUCGCGAAGAAAUUAUACGAACUGAACAACCUUCACUCGUUGUUCGCCAUAAUCUCAGCCUUGCAAAGUGCCUCCGUUUACAGGCUGUCGAAGACCUGGGCGUAUCUGUCCAAGAAGGAUAGGCAAUCGUUCGAGAAACUCGCCGAGGUUUUCUCCGACAACAACAAUUGGUCCAAUCUAAGGAGCCACAUAGAAAGUUUGAAGCUACCAUGCAUCCCCUAUUUAGGCUUGUACCUGACUGAUCUAGUUUACAUUGACAUGGCUCAUCCCCAUUCGGGUGGUUUGGAGUCGCAACAGCGUAGCCUGAAGAUGAACAACAUCCUCAGAAUAAUCUCAAAUUACCAACACUCUAAUUACUCGCAGUUGGCCGUCUUGCCGCACGUCAGAGAUUAUUUGCAUUCUAUACGAUAUAUUGAGGAGCUGCAGAAGUUCGUAGAAGAUGAUCAGUAUAAGUUGUCCUUGAAAUUGGAACCGCCCUCGCCUCCUCCGAGUUCCUCCAGCUGCAGUUCAAAAGAGUCCGUCAUCGUGGACGCCACUGCGAUAGCAUCAUUAAACCUAUCACCAGCGAAGGCUUCAAGCGGUUCUCUAAGGUUGCACGCCGUAACUGCGGGCAGCAGAUUCAUACCUGGGCACAGGAAGUGUAGGAGUCUCGGCACAAAAUUUCGUAGCACAAGUCUUCCACGCAAUUUCCAUAAACAGGGUGGCCCAUUAUUUGGGUACUCUCCGAUUGUGGUGCCGUGGGGUAUAUUCGGUAAGAAUCAACAGGUCGUUGAGCCGAGCGACGUGCCGAAGGCAUUGCAUUUACUGGACGAUUCCGAGCUGGAGGAGUCGCAAGGAGCCAGACACCAUCUCAAUCUGCCCUCGCCCACCAUAGAUUUGCCCCUGGAGGCCUCCAGGAACACUUCGGAAGAGACAACUCUUCUUACAAGACUGACUGAUGAUUGUGAUGACCAAACGUGCAGCAUGCAAGGCUGCGUGCGUCGGAAGACUCUCCUGAAGCACGGCCGUAAGCCCACCGUGACUUCAUGGCAAAGAUAUUGGAUACAAAUUUGGGCCUCAUCUCUUGCCUAUUUCACACCAAAAUCAUUCAAAGGUACUCAGCGAUCUGACUUUAAAAGGGAACCCUGCAAAUUGGUCUCUCUAACCGGCUGCCACGUGCUGCUCGGAGACAACUCUCUGCAUCCGGAUUUGUUCAAAAUCGUCGACCACCAGAGAGGAAAUAUUUACAAGUUCAAGGCGGGCACUUCGGGUAUGGCCGAAAGGUGGAUACGACACAUUCAGCAGGCCGCCAGGUCCGAGCAGUCUCCACUUCCAACCAAUCUCAUGACAUUCGAAUGACCCCCUUUGGUUUCAUCAUCAUAUCACAAUUUAUUUAAAUCUCUCCCAUUUUUAUUGUUUAAUAAU